AUGACAGACGACGAGGAAGAUGAAGAGUUACAAAAUGCAAGGACAAAUGUUAGAAAGGCUAAUAAGGAAAAAAAUGGAAAGAAAAAUGAUCAAAAUGAGGUUCAAGAUGGUGCAGUAGCUGGUGAAGAUAUACUAGAGAGUGAGGCCAGUUCUGAAGAAGAAGAUGGGGAGGAUGAUGAUGACAGUAGUAAGAGUGAGGGUGAUGAGGAAGGAGGUAGUGAUGGCAGUGUAUACUAUGACAGUGAUGAACUUGGGAGUUGCUAUAGUGAGAAUAAGGAAGAAGAUGGGGAUGCCCCUAUUAGAAAACCUACAGAUUUAGAGAAGGUAAGAUAUGAUCCUGAAACUAUUAUUCCUGUCUUCAGUGUUGGAAUGAUAUUUAGGAAUAGGGAGGAAUGCAGACAUGCCUUAGCAAAGUAUGCUAUUAUGAAGAAGCUGCAUGUGCACUUUGUGAAGAAUGACACAAAAAGGGUUAGAGCUAAGUAUUAUACAGGAUGUCCAUGGGUUUUUUUGGCAAGUAUUAAUGCAAAGGACAAUUGCUUGACAGUGAAGACCUACACAAGUACACACAGAUGCUUCAUCACAAAUGUUAAUCAAAUGGCAACAAGCAAGUUUCUGGCAGCUCACCUACAGAAGAGGCUCAUGGGGCAGCCUUACAUCAAAUUGCUAGAUUUACAGGCCAUAUGUAGAACAGAAUUGCACUUAAAGGUGAGUUUGACCUUGUGCAAGAAUGUGAAGAAUAGACUGCACGAUGAUAUAAUAGCAGUGACCAGAGAGGAGUACAGGCGCCUGUAUGACUAUGCAGAGGAGAUUACGGUCAGUAACCCAGGAAGUUCAUGUUUUGUCAUGGGUACAAGGGAAGGAGAAGUGAACCACUUUAAUAGGAUGUAUGUUUGUUUAGCUGCUUGCAAACAAGGGUGGUUGGCUGGAUGUAGAAGAAUUAUAGGGAUGGAUGGAUGCUUCCUUAAGGGAUUAUGUAAAGGACAACUGCUAUAUGCUAUUGGACAUGAUGGGAACAAUCAAAUGUUCCCAAUAGCAUGGGCAGUUGUUCAAGUGGAAAAUAGAGAUAAUUGGGCUUGGUUUCUAAGAUGUUUGAAACAUGAUCUGCCUCUGGAGCAAGGAGAUGGAUAUGUGAUCAUUAGUGACAUGCAAAAGGGUUUAGAAAGUGCUAUGAGGGAAUACUUGCCAGAGGUUGAGCAUAGAAGAUGUGCAAGACAUGUUUAUGCUGCCUUGGCAAAGCAGUGGAAAGGAGAGGACAGAAAAAUUGGAUUUUGGACAUGUGCAAAAUCUACAUUUAAGCAGCAACUUACACAGAACUUUGAGAAGCUGGAGUUAUUGGGAGGAGGUAUGGUCAGCCAUGUCCUUCAGUAUGAUGUGGAGACAUUCUGCAAGGUUUAUUUCAAGACUUCCACCAAGUGUGAUGUCAUUGACAAUAAUCUGGCUGAAACAUUCAAUGGAUGGAUCCUUGAUGCCAGGUCUUUAUUUGUUGUUUUGUUUUACACAUUUAUUUCUUUGAUUAUGGCCUUUGAGUAUUGA